ACAGAUACGACAUCCCAGGAAAAGCCCAAUCUUUUUAUGCUAUUCAUCGUCGGAUCCCCGCCCGUCGGUAUGAUGUGUGCUUGUUGUUCACUUUCGAUCGGAGAAGCUCUGGAAACACUACCGGCCAGGCCGUCCGCACCGCGACUUCUUCUUCUACGACUAAGACGGACCAACGAACGAACAAACUCUAGUCGUCAUCUCGGCCGCAAACCUUUACUCAGAAUUCCACCUAUUUGCUACUCGAGGUCAUUUCAAUAACCUGAAUUUGCCACCACAGCGGCCCUUUAUCUAUGUCUCGCACUCGCAACCUUGUUGUUGCAGGUGGAUUACUAGCCUUUGCUAGUGCUGGAAUGGCGUUUCCCUUCUACAUGGCAGCAGGGAAGAGUAAGCCAGUGAUCGACUCAUCGAAGCCAUUGCCGCCACAAGCCACAUUCCGAGGGCCUUACAUCAACACGGGUUCCCGUGAUAUCGGACCAGAUUUCCAGAGCUACACCAAGAAAUGA